CAUUUGAAAACACCACCUGCUACGGCGUCGCUGCGGCAACACAAGGGGUUUCAAGUGCUGGUGCAUGGUGUGCUGGAGGGUGCGGAGUGUGUGGAGAUGGGGUCCAUGUUCGCCCGCACACAGCUCUUUUUCGACCCUCAUUGAGCGUUCCUGGAGAGCAAUGGCGCCUACGGCGAUGGCGCGGAUGAGGACGACGAAGAUCUCAUCUUGCCGACGUACAGCAACAACGCCGAAAUGCUAACCCAGCUAGCCGACUGCGCCAAGGGCUCCAUCGCGUACUUUAGCUUCACGGCACCUUUUUGAGUUUGCGUUGAUGAGCACAAACCUGUUUGGUUGGCCACAGCUAGUAAUUACACCUCAUACCGUCGAAGGCGCUGGCGGGAGCGCGGAAAAGGGCGCUGACGGCGACAACACUCAAGUUCUCGGCAGCGAGGAGUCCAUCAUUGGCUAGGGUCGAUGCUUUAUUCCAAUGAAGAGCGGGUACCACACAACGGAUAUGCCCGUGAUGCAGCUGGAGAGUGCCACCUCGAGACAGCAGCGGAUUAGCCUCCUCGCCCGCGAGAGACCGGUGCUGCGCGACGUCUCUUGUGCACCGGCAACGACCAGGUGAUGCUGCACGCCCGCCCUCUCGACGGCUAUGUAAGGCUGAGCUUCUCUGUCAUGAUCAACGGCAUGGGGUCGCCAGGAUUCGAGGUGUAG